AUGUCCAAGCCUCGCUCCAAGUCCAAUGCCAGCAUUGAUGACCCGCUGACUCUCGCUCUUGCCCCACCACCCAAUGAGUCUGAUACUGAACGCGGGGAAAGAUUGCAGAGGGAGGCAGAGGCAAAGCGUAUAAGCGAUAGCAUUGACGAGGAGCUCAAGCAAGAGAAGGCAGCUUGGAAGAAGAACAAGUCGCUCUUUAAGCUCCUCCUACUCGGCCAAAGUGAGAGCGGCAAGUCAACAACUUUGAAGAACCUCCAGCUCACGUUCGCCCCGCAAGCAUGGAAAACCGAAAGCACUUCCUGGCGUGCCGUCAUUCAGCUGAACCUCAUCCGCACAGUCAACAUCAUCCUGGAUGCUCUCGCUAAUGAACUAUCCACCUCUCGUCCCUCCAGUGCAGCAGGCUCCGAUGCACACUCUCGAAUCUCACACGCUGGCAGCGUCCAAACUAGCGACCACGGAUCGCUCUUGUUCACUAGCAAACACGCAUUGCUCAAGCUCCGCCUUGCGCCUCUCCGACACGUCGAGAAUGACCUGAAACAGUCUCUUGGUGCUGCCUCGACGGAAGUGACUUCUUCCGAUGGCUCGGACGACGAACAGGCCGUGCAGUCAGACCGCGAUGAUGUCGGGGAGAUGCGUUCGCGCAGCCCCGGUGGUGCCGACUUGUUCUUGCGCUCAAACCGUUCCUGGCGUGAAGCACUCCACGUGCAGUAUCGCAGCUCGAGCAAGAGCCGCGGAAAGGUAGAUAGUGGAUCUGCAGCGCGGCUAUCUGGGGCGACGGAGGUGAUCGCUGGUUGUUGCGAGGACAUACAGGCGCUAUGGGAGGACGAGGUUGUGCGUGCGAUGCUGCGCAUACGCAAGAUACGUGUCGGAGAUUCGUCUGUCUUUUUCCUCGACAAUGUCGAGCGGAUAGCGUCGCGUGGGUAUGAGCCGUCGGACGACGACAUCGUUCGAGCUCGGCUGCGCACGUUGGGAGUGCAGGAGUACUGCCUCAAAUUCGAAAAUCCGACGGAAGCAAAUCGGGCUGCUGGGAAAGAAUGGAGAAUCUAUGACGUUGGAGGUUCACGAUCGUCUCGUGCAGCAUGGUUACCGUACUUUGACGAUGCAAAUGCGGUUUUAUUCCUUGCGCCGAUCUCAUGCUUUGAUGAAUACCUCGCCGAGGAUGCACACGUGAACCGCCUCGAGGAUUCGGUACUCCUCUGGAAGUCCGUCAUUCAGUCCAAGCUGCUCUCAGAUUGUAUCAUCAUCCACCUGCACCAAAAAUUCAGAGAGCAGCACAAAGAGCUCUCGCCGAAAUCGCGCCGGUUCUAUGGGUACAUCACGUCGGUCAUUGAUACUAAGGCAACUUCAACCACUUUGUCGUCAGGAUGUGGGCGGACGGUAUGGCGGGACCCUGAUGGGUCGUUCUCGUCGUACUGCGGGACAACGCACAGGGAGGCUGCUGCGCUCGCUCGGGCAGCUAGGCGAUGCAAGAAUUGUAAGACGCGGCCGGCGUACGUCGAGAGUGGCAAAGUGCAUAGUUUUUGUGGUAAACGGUGUGCGAAGGAGUAUCGUGCCAGCGACGCCUCCGAGAGGACUCCACGAUCGUCGCCCGCCCCGGUUGAGACUGGGAUUUUAUGCAAGCUGGCAGGAUGUAAAGCCUUGGUGCAUGUCGGUAAAGAUGGGUUUCCCGGCGAGUUUUGCUCGAAUAAGCAUCGUCUAGACGCGAUCAAGGCAGGGAAAGCGGAGGCAUGUCUAUUCUGCACGAAGUGGCCAAAGGCGAUGGUCAAUGGGCGACUGAGCGACUUUUGCUCCAAGGCAUGCUCGCAGGACACACUUGGUGCUGCACCGAUCAUCUUAAAUAUACCGAACAGGCACAAGGCAUACGCAAGCGUAUCGAAGCAGUUCACCGACGGGUGGCGACAUCCGACGUCUAAGCCGACGGUUAUCAAAAUCUGGAAGAUAUAUGGUGACAAGCGGCACUCUGACAGGUUUUCUCGCUAUAAACUAGCCGUCGAGCGCCGCACGGGUCUGUCGAACGGGAACAGCAGACGCCGCUGGCACGGGACUUCCCGCUCGUGUCUCCUCGGCGAUAACGAAUACAACCAGGACCUCUGCUCUGCCAGAGACUGCAGUCUGUGCAGCAUAAUCCGCUCGUCCUUCGAGCUCGCCCAAGCGGGCAAUAACACAAACUUUGGCAGGUUCGGCGCAGGCAUCUACACCUCUGCGACAUCUUCCAAGGCGAACGACUACGUUAAAGAGAACGGUGGCUCUCCCUAUAGGGCUGCCCUCCUCAACGAUGUCGUCCUCGGCAAAGCCAAAAAGCUCUUCACUGGAGAUACCUCCCUCACGGCCCCCCCGCAAGGGUAUGACUCUGUUAUCGGUGAGCCCGGAGGGGACUUAAAUUACGAUGAGAGCAUCGUGUAUAAGAAUGAAGCUAUUUGCCCGCUCUUCUUGAUCAUAUACAGAAACUAG